UCGUUCGUAAUUUCGUGUGCUACCUAUUGUGCAUCCGAGAUUCCGAGCCCUGAGCGAUUCGUUUCCGCAUUUCCGUAAUAAUAACACACCUCGUCGACCGGUGGUACUUACGCUCUACGAUAAUAAUAAUAAUAAUAAUAUUAUAUUUAAUAUUAUAUUGUUCGCCGUACGCCCGUGUGCAUUGUGCUCGUGUCGCGUCCGUUUUCUGCGAUCUAGUGCCGUAGUAGUAAGUAGGUAGUUGUGAUCCGGUGGUGGACGAGAACAUCUGUUGGUGUGGCGUUUGUGUAGUAAAAAAAAAAGGCAACCCGGCACGGAUUUAUUAUAAUAUUAUAUCCGUGCACCUACCCGUCAUCAUCCAGAAGACGUGCUGAACAAUACAUCUGUUGCCGGCGCUGUUUCUUGACGAUCCAUCACGGUUUCUGGUUUGUAAGCACAACACCGAGCACGUCGAGCCGGUAAUAGCCGUACACGGAGUCCGCGACAAUGUCUGACAAACAGAUCUACUAUUCGGACAAAUAUUACGACGACAAGUACGAAUACAGACAUGUGGUGUUGCCUAAAGAGAUGGCAAAAAGCAUACCAAAAACACAUUUACUUUCUGAAGACGAAUGGAGAUCAAUUGGAGUACAACAGAGCAAAGGAUGGGUACAUUAUAUGAUCCAUGAACCCGAACCUCACAUUUUAUUAUUCAAAAGACCACGAACCAACUGAACUUUACAUACCUUAAAAUGUUGAAUAAGUUAUUGAACAAUGUUAAGAAGGUAGGGGGUGGCAAAUUUAGUUUCUAAGUAUUAUAAUGUUCUGUUGUAUA